CCCUUCCUGUGUGAGGGGGGGCGGGCGGGCACCCCUGCGGCCUCCUCGCCAUGGCCACGGCCCGGGGGCGCUUCUGCCGCUGCGCCUGUUUCUGCUCCGAGAACCUGUACGUGGCGCGCUACGGGCUGCACGUGCGCUUCCGGGACGAGCCGCAGCUGCGCGCCGACUUCGGGCCGAUCCUGCGUAGCCGAGGCUGUGUCAGCCCCGAGCACUUCCGGCAGCUGGUAGAAGAGCUUGAGCAGGAGGUGCGGCGGCGGCAGCAGCUGGGACAGGAGUCGGCUGCCCGGAAGGCCCUCAUCGCCCGCGCAUACCACCCUGUGAGGCCCGAGCUCUUCCGUCCACUGCAGGAUGAGGCCCUGGCCCCUGAGUUUCUGGCAGCAGCUGAGUACAGCGCAUCGCCGGCGGCAGAGCGCCAGGGGCUCCUCCAGCGCCUGGAGACGGUGUCAGAGGAGAAGCGCAUCUACCGGCUGCCUGUGUUCACGGCGCGCUUCUGCCAGGCCCUGCUGGACGAACUGGAGCACUUCGAGCGCUCGGAACUGCCCAAGGGGAGACCCAACACGAUGAACAACUACGGGGUGCUGCUGCAUGAACUGGGCCUGGAUGAGCCCCUGGUGACCCCACUGCGGGAGCGCUUCCUGCAGCCGCUGCUGGCCCUGCUGUACCCUGAGUAUGGCGGGGGCCGGCUCGACAGCCACCGGGCCUUCGUGGUCAAGUAUGCCCCUGGCCAGGACGUGUCACUGGGCUGUCACUACGAUAACGCCGAGCUCACCCUCAAUGUGGCCCUGGGCAAGACCUUCUCGGGGGGCGCCUUGUACUUUGGGGAUUUCUUCCAGAAGCCCUCCGCCCUGGCCAAGCCCAUGGAGCUGGAGCACGUGGCGGGCCACGGCGUCCUGCACCGGGGUGGCCAGCUGCACGGCGCCCGGCCCCUGUGCAAUGGGGAGCGCUGGAACCUGGUGGUCUGGCUGCGGGCCUCAGCCGUGCGGAACCAGCUGUGCCCCAUGUGUCUGCGGCCGCCGGAGCUGGUGGACGACGAGGGCUUCGGUGAUGGCUUCACCCGGGAGGGUCCUGCUGAGAUGGCCCUGUGCACAAUGACCUGAGGGGGCUGGGUACGGCGG